UGAAAAUGGAUACUACGAGGGACAGGAAAAAGGGAGGUUCCAAAGAGGAGCUCAAAAUAGAGACCCAAAUCAGUACAAUUCAACAUCGUAAGCAGAUGGAAAUACCAAUAUUGCAAACCAUGCUCUUGAUAAUUUGAGUGUUGACUUACACAAGCACAAUCAUUGAUAUUCCUAUUGAGGUUUGAUUCACAGUAUUCUCAGGAUGUAUUAUAUACAUUGGAAGCAUUAAGAGUCUUGAUCAGUAUUCUUUGAAAAGAGAUGAGGAAAGCACUCAGAAGAGUAUUCUGUCAGGACUCCUAUCUACAACUCAGAUGGUUUGGUUAUUCCCAAUGAUUUCAUCUAUAUUCCUUAUGCUUGCGUACGCAACUAUAUCAAUGAGCAUUCAGAGAACAUUUUUGAUGCUAUUUAUUGGAUGUACUGGAACAAUCAAUCUUGCAUCGACAAUGAGAUAUUUGGUCAUUAAAUUUGGAGCAGGAUCAUUAGAUAGACCAGCUGCAUUUUUAGAGAAUAUAAAAAUUGGAAGAAUGGAGUUUAGACAAACAUAUCUAAGCUUAUUAUGAAUAUGAGUAUCAGGAUACAUUACUUUCUUAUAUUUUGCUUCAGGAUAUGUAAGCUCAGGAGGAAAAUCUUAUCACACAACAAAGAACUGGAUCCUGAACAACACUCUUGCCAUGAGCUUCUCUGUCUACUUCCUCGACAAACUCCUAGUCACCAACUACAAAAACGCAGUCAUCUAUCUACUCGGCAUGAUGCUCUACGACAUCUUCUGGGUCUUCGGCUCUGAUGUCAUGGUCACGGUUGCUUCUCAGUUCGACUACCCAAUCAGGCUGCUGAUCCCCCAGGCUCCAGGCUCUGUACAAAUGAAGUUCUCGAUCCUGGGCAUUGGAGACAUUGCAUUGCCGGGGAUCUACUGUGCAAUGAUGUUUCGGUACGACUUCAUGAGGCACAUCACUGCGAGCAAGGAGUCGUUUACGAUAAGCAACUUUGAGAGUGUGAAGGAGAGUUUGAGCUUCCACAAGCCAUAUUUCACUGCUUCUGUAGUAGGCUAUAUGCUCGGAUUAUUGACAACCACAACUAUUUACAGACUUUAUAGCUCAGCUCAGCCAGCUCUUCUUUACAUAAACCCAUUCAUGCUGAUCACUACCCUCCUUGCUUCCAUCUACUGGGGAGAAUUCAAGGGCUUGUUUCAUUAUGACGAGGAUAAAUACAUUGAAGAAAGACAGUCAAAGAGAUAA